GAUAUAUUCCAGGGAGCUGAAGGAUUUCUUGGUGAAAAAAUUGAUAAGCGUGAUCUAGAAAUUUUUUACGAUGUUGACAAUCAAGUAGUAUAUUUACACUACCAGUCGUUUGGCGACGCCCACAGAUUGGCCGAUAGAUGUCAGGAAUUAUUCCAAGAAAAAUCGACAGUGGAAUUUCACAGUAUAUGGGAAGACAACUCUAUCAAACAUGCCAAGACUCUAUUGUAUCUGUUUAGUAUAUCACAUAUUGUACUGAUAUGUCAUCCAGGAAGUACGUUUGAUAUAGGUUACGUGAAAUUGUUUAAAAUACUAGAUAUGAUCAGAUUAAAACUACAAGGUUGUUUAACGGAGGAGUUAUCAGAUUAUCCAAUAUCUAAAGAUUGGUAUACCUCCGCACGUCUUUGUUCUCCUAGAGUUUUAUUUGUUUUUCAAACGGCAACUUUUGAACUGAAUUACGAGGACAGUGACUUGUCAUACAAUAAGUCUCGAGCACAGAAAUCUCCACCUAUAAAGAAACUGCAACUCAAACUUGAAGAUCAGAUUUAUAGAAUUUUACGGAAAUCUCGAGUUAUCACAAAUAUCAGUAAUAAUUCCCUGUUUGCUGUACCAGCCAAUCAUGAGUUUGUUUAUGUUCAUACUAAACGUGAAGAUGUUGUCGAUCCCGUCAUCUCAUAUUUACAAUUAUUACGGAACUUUAAUACGCCAGUUAAAGAAGAAUCGCCAAAGAGUAGAAGUUAUCUUACCAAUAGAAGAGCUGGCCAGGGUCCCAUAACUUCAUCCUCUUUCACAGGUCGUGUUCGAGAGUCGAAUUUUAGAGAGUUUUUAUGGCAGCAUAUUGAACUGGCCUUCAGUAAAGGAUUUAAUGAUAAUGUCGGCAGAAAUCCUGUUUCUCCAAUAUUUGAGUUACCAGUUUGUGAUACAUGGUUUCAGAUAGCAUUAAAACUUCAUCGGUUCUUCUUCACGGAUAUCCCAGAAGGCAAACCACAAUCUCACUUCAAUACGUUACGCUCACUAUUAGAAACGGAUGUUCGAUUCUCAGAAAAUCGUUGUAAUAAAUAUUUACCGCUAGCAGAAACAGCGUAUCAACAAGAUUUACCCAAACAUUAUAUACGAUCGUAUCAUUUACAAAAACUCGCCCAGGCUAAACAUGUCUUCUCCCAGUUCGCCCGUGGACCAGCUUACGAGAAAUAUAUGAAACAGUUGGAAGAAUCGUGUGAGAAAUGGUGGAAAGCGGAUCGUCAACGAUGUGAAGCUAUUAGUUUAACUAGAAACUUCUGUAUUAAUCCACUUCACAGACUCGAAGAUGAUAUUGAGACAGACGUGAAUAAACAUUUACCCAUCAUGCCACACUGUAGCCAGAUAAAGACGAAAGCUGCAUGUAAUUGUGGUCGUAAACAAGCUGAUAAAGAGGAUUGUUUUGAUCACAAGAGUGCUAAUUUUGAUUUUUAUGAAUCACUGUCUAAGACUUGUUGCAAUAAACUUAACAAAAUAGACUUACCUGCCUUCAAGGCUAGUACAACCGAGGCUACAGCAAGACAUGUUCUUCCAGUACCAGAACAGGUUAUCCAGUCACAUUCACAACCCCAUCAACGAUCAUCUGUAGUUGAUACAAAACGAAUAGAUUCCGGAAUGUCUGUGUUAAGUCUAGCGCUAAGUUUAGAACAAUCUGGUACCAGUGAUGUCUAUAGUCAUGGUCAACCAGAGAAUUUAGAACAGGAUGACGGAUUGAGUCAACCAGAACGAGAAGAUGUAGAAGAAAGGGAUGGUGGUGAUGUGACGGAGGAUCAGGAUAAAGAGGUUGUGUUAGAGGGAGAUAAGUCUGGAUUGAAAGAAGUAGAAGUGGAAGAAGCAGCAGGAGGAGCGAAUAAAGAUGGAGGAGAAGAGGAAGACGUAGAAGGGGAGGGGCCAGAUAAAGAUGUCGGUCAGGAAGAAACAGAGGAACCAGAAUCAGAAGAUGAGAUUGAAGAAACAGUUGAAGAAUCUGUAGUAGCUACGACGUCUCGUCAACAUUCUACCACAGAAUAUCUUCCUGGUAUGAUCCACACAGACUCACCACCAGGUUUACUACCAAAAUUCACGUCAUGGUCACUGUGCUGUCUGGGAAAACCUUCGUUUUACUCUCAUUCACAAGGACUUGAUCUGCCAGGUUUUCUGGCUGGAAGUAAUUUCUUGUUGCCAUGGGAUAUAACAGUUAAAGCUAAUAAAGAGAAAUGGCCGACAGUUGGUGAAACGGCUGGUAAAAAAGGUCGUCAGAAAAGACCAAACCGAGAUGUAGGGGAAGUUACAUUACGUGUUUAUCUAGGUAAUGAGUAUGAAUGUCCGAGAGGUCAUCGUUUUUUCUGUAGCGGUCCCGAUAAAAUAAUCAAAGUAUCCAGUAUGUGUUCUGUCAAGGAUAAUGCGACCAAGUUGUUGACGUUAGACAUGCCGUUAUAUACACCAUGUAACUGCAGAACUACGAAGAUGAACAUAGCACAAUUGAUGAGGUUAUAUAUCGUGACUCCUGAUGGACCAGUUAAAAUCUUGAUAAACCCGAUGAUUCAACCAGCUGUAUCUCCAUGUCCUCUCUUUCAUCCUGGUACAGAUCGACCAAUAGAACUUCCUGCAUCUGGUGUCUGGUGUCUCAGACUUCCUCAUGUGUAUCAGGGUGAUCGUGGUGUAUACACCAUGCCAACAGACGGACAGCAGUUACACAUGUGUCGUCUGAUGAAGGGAGCAUUCUCUUAUAAAGAAACACCUGUAGAUGGAUGAAUCAAGUGUUGCCGUCAAGAAUUGUGAUCAUCCUAAUGGCAGUAUGUGAAGGAUAGAGAGAGAAUUCAGAUAUUUGGACAGAGAAACAUUAUUCUAUAGAUUUUGUUUUUUACAAAUGAGAACAUUGUCUUGAUAAUGGAGUCUAGUGUCUGAGUAAUUGAGUAUUGUGUCUGAGUAAUUGAGUCUAAUGUCUGAAUCUCCUCGAAAACCACCCAAACGUGCACAGGGCCCCUAAAUUAAGUUUUUAAAGCAACUGUAAAAUCAGGUCAAAUUUUUUGAUGUAACUGUGAAAUCAGGUCAGAUUUUGAUGUAACUGUGAAAUCAGGUCAAAUGGAAGAAUACUGUUAGCAUAGUCUGCUUAUUUCUGUGUAAAUUAACAUUUCUGUAAAAAAAGAGGAAAGUUCUUUAUUUUUUAAUUAUGGUCUGUCUAGUGACUGUUGUAAGUGGACAUGUUUAUAUCUGUCAUUGAGUCAACUGGCAUGGUUUCGAUUCUCAGCUUGUAUAACAAGGAGAAGGAGUCAACUGUUCAACCUUGUGGGAUUUCUUCAGGUCCUCCGGUUUCCUCCCACUACUAAAAACCCAUAAGCGCAAGUAAAUUAUUGAAGUAGAAUUGAGUAUUGUGUUUGUCCCUAAAUGACCUGGUUUAUGUCAAUUGGACACUAAACACCAUCCUCUCUCACUCUCUCUCUCUCUCUCUCACUCAUAAAUAAACUAUUUGGUACUAAAUCUUACUUAUAUAGGCCUAUAUAUUAAACCCCUCGGGCGCCAUAAUAUAUAUAAGUAAGAAUUAGUACCAAAUAGUUUAUUUAUGAGAGUCAAGGUUUGGACUAUGCCUUGGAAAACGGAAGUGGGAGGCGACUAGUAUGUGUCUCUCUUUUGUGAACCGAGGUGAGAUUGUCCAUUGUAUUAACGGGACGGUUAGGCCUGCCAUUCUUCGUUUAUGUGUCUUUGUUGAAGGGGCGGCUUCCUUUCAACCAGAUCGGCUCUAGACCAGUUUGCUUCUAUGGUAUAUAUAAUAUACAUCUAAUCAAAGAAAUCAGAGUAAUGAUUACUUUAUAAGAUUGUUACGUUUGUUAUUGUUGACAAAAAAUAUUUCAAAUGUUGUUGAUAAAUAAAACAAUG